CAUGGAAUCGACAGGAGUUGGAGGGAUAGUACUCUCCGUCUUUUUCAUAAUUUUCGGGACUCGUUCGGCGCUUUCAAAUGCUUAUACUGUCAUAGACACCUCGCCUACCACGGAUCUGACGUUACGUUUAUCAGAGCAACCGUUCCACGUCAACAAUUCCAUCACAGUACCACAGGGGGUAACGCUGAAUGUAGAACCUGGCGUUACCGUUAAAUUCGGCCCGGCUGUCGGUGUGCGCGUUGAGGGACGGUUUUUGGCAGUGGGACAACCGGACAAACGUAUACUUUUCACGGCUGCAGACCCAAGCAAUGUUGAAAGGUAUGAUAAGCAGUCACCCGUUUGGUUCGAUGGUGCACGAUUGGCCGGGGACUUCACGGAAACUCAUCAUGGACGCCUGGAACUUUUAUACCAAGGUAGUUUUGGCACCGUUUGUCAAAAUGGCUGGGGUAGUUCCUACUACAACAACAACAACAGAGUUGUUGCUAGGAUGUUGGGAUAUCAAACGUGUACCAAAGUAUAUAACAGAGGCAGUGGCACUGGAAGUAUUCUUCUGAACAACGUGAGAUGCAAUGGACAUGAGAGCUCCCUCUGGGACUGUCCUCACGAUGGGGUCCGUGUACACAAUUGUUGGACCAUUCAGAACGAGAAGAGCCCAGUGCUAGCCAGACCAUGACCUAAAUAUGGCGGACCUACAUGAAAGGAAGACUGCUUCAUCCUGUUAUAGUCUCUCCACCUCUUAAAUGCCUCCCCACACAUCGUUUCAGCAGGGCCACAGUAAUUUAAUCUCGGUUCAAUUCAACCAGUUGCAGUUGCUUUAUGGGAAUACAUUGAGCAUUGUGUCAUCAACAAUUGCAUUUGCAUUAUGGGAAGACAUUGAACAUUGUGACAUCAACAAUUGCAACUGCAUUAUGGGAAUACAUUGAGCAUUG